AUGAGUUAUAUAAUAUAGGUUUAAACCUAUGGGAGUUCUUAUUCUAGCUGUUAAAGAUACUUGUCAGAAAAUUAGAAAGGUUGGUUUCAAGCAUUCUUCAUGGUCCAGAACCCUGAUAUGGCUGCCAGAAUAUUUUGGAAAGGUUGUGAAUUGGAUUUUCAAAAUGCUUAUUGUGUGCCUUUAUUGUGCAUGAUCACAUGAUUUAUUAGAGUGGCUCUAUGCUCUUCUAUGUCAUCAUUUCCCAGAGAUGCAGGCAAUGCUCUGCAACAUAAGUAUGAGUUGAUGACAUUUAUGAUAGACCAUAUUUCUUAGUUCCCAGCAAAUAAAGCAUGGUUAUGGAGCUCCAAGUUGCUUGGAUUCUGUUUUAGUAAUAUCAAUUUGAUAGUCAUCUGCUAUUUCAUAAUGCUGAGGUGGAAGCCAUCUAACUUGGGUGGUUUUUUUGCCUGUCAGUGCUUAUCUGUCUAGAUGCUGGAUUGCUGAUGCCGAUUGCCAAAUACUUAGAAUGGCCUUAAAACAGCAAUGGAAUAUUCUUCAUAAUAUAGUGAUCAUGGAGAUUAUUUUUGUUCUUCCAUUCAUUUGUAGAUUUACUUUGUGCGUACUGAGAAUUGUUCACAUUCUGGUUUCUUUGGACCAUCCCUCUGUAGUAGCAAUUGAAGCACAUUUUAACAAGUUUUGGGCAAGUUGUCAUCUGCCUAUAUUUCCUAACUUUUAUUAUUUUCUCUGUCUAUAACAUAAUAGAAAAGGGGACUAUCUUAAUUCUCAAGGUUGGUAGACUGCAGAGAAGGUGGUACUAGGUUAUGAUUUCAAAUCUUCACUUCCAUCUUUCAUCACUUCGACAACUCUACAGGGCAUUAAUUUUAUGGUGCUACCUUGUGAUAUACACCAUUGUACAGUUUUGCUUCAAAAGCCCUGUUCUGUACAGGGUCUUAAAUGGCUUUGCAGCAACCUUAUCAAGGACAAGAUGCAAAUGGCACCUGGUGCAGAAAUGUUGACUUCAUAUUUUUAAUUAAUGGAUGAAGUUGGAAUUGUUUUGACUUGGUAUUUUCAGGGUUGAUCCACAUCCAGGCAACUGGAGAAGAUUUUUUGAGAUGGACGUAGCUUAUUUGCAGUAAGUAAACACCUUUCCUCUCAUUGUAAAUGAUACACUUGUCUGUCCUUAUUUUUGGUUAAAUUUUGUAGCUUAUAAGUUAUGUUCAAGAAAGAAAUGUACAACUUAGGAGUAUGAAAUCGACAUUGUUGGUUGGACACAUUGAAAGAUGCAGUACUGGUAAACAAUGUUUCCUUUCAGCAUUCUGCCAAGGAGACAAUUCCUACCAGCCAGAACGUAGAAUAUUUUUUAUAACUUGAAGCUAAACCUACAUCAACAAAGAAAAUAUUAUAUUUUGCUAAUUGCUUCACCAGGUAUGCCUUUAUAUAUAUAUAUCUAUAUAUAUAUAUAUAUAUAUAUUUUAUAAAGUCAUCGGUAAAUAUGCAUUACUUGUUAUUUAAAAAGCAAAGCAAAUAUGACAUCACUCUUUGGUGAAACAGAGGGGUCUCUUUAAUCAUAAGCUGCAAGAGACACCUGUUGGGGUAACUUAGGGUCUGACUAAGUGGGUCAAUUUGCAAAUAGUUGUCUUCCAUAUCAAUGAUGGGAUUGCAUCCCAACUAAACAUCUUUCUGCAAACCCCUGUUUUUUUUGUUUUUGCUUUUUAGGUAUUAGUAAAUAAUGACAGAUAACAUGAAAUCUAUUUUUCUUAUUAUAAAAUGGGAGGUUCUUUUAGUCCAUUCUUGGUUUUCUUCUCAUGAGAUUUUAGAAGAGACUCAUGCUAACCGAGUUUCUUGUAAUUCACAAAUUCAUUACUGGUUACCACUGGUUGAAGCGUGUCCUUCUUCACCUGUGUGCUUGCAGGAGAGGACUGAAAAAGGACCUAAAGGAUCUGGAUCAAUAGAAACAUGAGCUCAAGUGAAUUAUAAAUGAACACAAAGCAAACUUAUGCUUAUUCAGAGUUAUGAAUGAGGACUUUUUAUAACUCAAAGCAAACUUAUGCUUAUUCUUGCUUCUACAUUUUUUAUUUUAUUUUUAUAAAUAGAAUGCAAAAAUUAUCGGUACUCUGAAUAAAGUGCAAGAAAGGAAGUGUGGGAACAAAUCCACUUUGCAUUGGGGUAACUUUUCACUAUAAUUCACCUUUUAUCAAUUAGGGCACUUUAGGCCUUUAGCAUGGCUGGAGUUUAGUAACUGUUUUCCAAAAGUAGUUUCCAAAUCAGCAUGUUAAAGUGAAGAAUAGUGCAAUAUAAGUUGUUAAUGAGAUUUGUUCUUUGCUUAAAUUAGUGAUUAUUACAAGCUCUAGUUGGAUCUCAAAUAUUUUGAAAGAAAAGAUGAACGGAAAAAAAGGAAAAGGAAAGAAAAGUGGAAAGAAAUAAAAAGUAAGUUCUUGCAUACACUUUUUCCACUUUCUUGACCUUUUUAAACUGAGAAUGCGAGCAUCAAACAGUCUAUAAUUUCUACCUUAUUUUCUAUUUCACCAAAUAAGAGGUUCUGAUAUGCCUUCUCCUUCAUCUUUUAGUAUCCAUCUAUUAGUUUCUUCUUCUUGUUCAUCAGCUACUUGAGGCUUUUAAUUUUCCAAAUCUGUUCGGUCUCAUAGGAUUUGGAUUCAAUAAAUAGCUUUAGGCCUUGUUUGGCCAUGAUUUUAAAGGACAGUGUUGGUAUCAUGGAAGUUUCAGCAUAAGCUAAAAAAUAGCCUCCAUGAGAAGCAAUCUUGCCCUUGUUUCCCUGCUAAGCUCUUUUUAAGCCAUGAACUCUUUCAAUAAAAUAACCCAAAGACAUGGAAAAGCCGUAAUUGGCUCAUAAAGGAGCUUUUAGCUUCUAGAAAGCCAAUUCAAACAAGACCUUAGUAAUGGUUGAAAAAUGAAAUCACAUGGUGGGUUCCAUGAUCUUUGCAUCCUAGCUUGAUUAUUUCAACCUUGACAUACAACCAAGUAAGGAUUCACAUUCUCAUAAAAUGACGUUGAGAUCAUCUUGUCUGUAUUGAUCUAUUGCACGCAAAGACACCUCCAAAGCUCAAGUUCAUUAAUGCUGUACAGUGCCACAUACCAUCCACAUGUUAUUGAUUCACAUAUAAUAUAUGUUGUCUGUUGAUCAUGUAAUCCAAUUAUAGAUGUGAGACCAUGUCCCGCAUUUUGAUCUUGAUGCAGGUUUGUAUUGUGCGCAUGAGGACACUUCCUGAGGGGGAUAUAACGUUCAUCUGAUCAUCUCUGUAGUAUGCCAGAAGCAAUUCUGUGCAGAUACUUCACUUUCAUUGCUGAUUUUAUUACUAUGAAGCUUUCUUUCUUUUUAAACAGUUUCCAUAAAGUUUCUCUGUGUGCGUGCAAGUUCUGAAGUGAUAUUGUGGUUAGAGGCUGCAAAAAAGAGCAUCAAUGGAUUUGUGGCAAAGAUCAUUGAUCAAAAGCAAAAGAAGAUUGCCAGUGACUGUUGGAGGAUCCUUUUCUAUGCAUAUUGAAAACAAAUUGCUGUAUUUUAAUUAGUUAUGUAAUGGUGGUAUGCUUGGCAUCAUUUGCAGGCAUGGAGGGAGUAGCGUCAUAUUUCCAAUUAAAAUGCCCGACUUCAAACAACAGAUCAUGGGAUUUCAUGGAUUUCUGCAUGAUUAUUGUAUGGAGUGCUAUGGUCGAAGUUAAUGGUGGUGCUAGUGAUGAAGAUAGAAAGGUCUAUAUAGUCUAUCUGGGAUCCCUUCCACAAGGGGAGUUCUCACCUUUGUGUCAACACCUUAAUAUUCUUGAAGAUGUUCUUGAGGGCAGUUCUUCAAGAGACUCCUUGGUCAGAAGUUAUAAGAGAAGUUUCAAUGGAUUUGCAGCCAAGCUCAUUGAAAAAGAACGAGAAAAAUUGUGUAAUAAGGAUGGUGUGGUGUCCAUUUUUCCUAGUAAUCUUCUUCAACUUCAAACAACAAGAUCCUGGGACUUCAUGGGACUCUCUGAAACUAUUGAGCGAAAGCCUGCUGUUGAGAGUGAUGUUAUAAUUGGAGUCAUUGACACAGGAAUUUGGCCUGAAUCACCAAGCUUCAGUGAUGAAGGUUUUGGUCCACCUCCAAAAAAAUGGAAAGGUGUUUGUUCGGGUGGAAAAAAUUUUACUUGCAACAAGAAGGUCAUUGGAGCUCAACUUUACAAUUCGCUGAAUGAUCCUGAUGAUUCUGUGAGGGACAGAGAUGGUCAUGGAUCUCACACUGCCUCAACAGCUGCUGGCAACAAAGUAAAGGGAGCAAGCUUUUAUGGGGUGGCAGAGGGAGAUGCAAGAGGAGGGGUUCCCUCUGCAAGGAUUGCUGUAUACAAAGUUUGUUUUCAAUCAGGGUGUGCAGACGCAGAUGUAUUGGCUGCCUUCGAUGAUGCUAUUUCCGAUGGGGUUGACAUCAUUUCAGUUUCUCUGGGAAAACGAAGUGCUCCAAAUUUGAAUGAAGACUCAUUGGCAAUUGGCUCUUUUCAUGCCAUGGCCAAAGGUAUUUUAACCUUGAAUUCUGCAGGAAAUGGCGGUCCCAAUGCAUAUUCAGUAGGAAGUGUUGCACCAUGGAUGGUCAGCGUAGCCGCAAGCACCACAGACCGCCAAAUCAUAACCAAGGUUGUUCUUGGCAAUGGAACAACUUUAGAUGGUAGUUCAAUUAACACUUUUGAGUUGAAUGGAACCGAGUUUCCUCUUGUGUAUGGAAAAGAUGCAACCCGGACAUGUGAUGAAUAUGAAACCCAGCUGUGCUCUGGGGAUUGUUUGGAAAGAAGUUUAGUGGAGGGAAAAAUUAUACUAUGUAGAAGCAUCACAGGAGACAGAGAUGCUCAUGAAGCUGGUGCAGUUGGAUCAAUCUCGCAAGAGUUUGAUGUUCCUUCAAUUGUCCCUUUUCCAAUAUCAACAUUAAAUGAGGAAGAAUUUAGAAUGAUUGAAACUUACUACAUUUCCACAAAAAAUCCUAAAGCAAACAUAUUAAAGAGUGAAUCAACCAAAGAUUCUUCUGCUCCUGUAGUGGCUUCAUUUUCAUCAAGAGGGCCAAAUACUAUCAUACCUGAGAUUUUGAAGCCAGAUAUAACAGCCCCAGGAGUAGAUAUUUUGGCAGCAUAUUCCCCUGUUGCUCCAGUUACUGAUGAAGCUGAAGAUAAAAGGUCAGUCAAAUACACCAUAUUAUCAGGAACAUCCAUGUCUUGCCCCCAUGUUACUGGAAUUGCUGCUUAUAUCAAAACCUUCCAUCCCGACUGGUCUCCUUCAGCCAUCCAAUCUGCUCUUAUAACUACAGCUUGGCCCAUGAAUGGUACUACAUAUGAUGAUGGUGAACUCGCGUUUGGAUCUGGGCAUGUUGAUCCAGUAAAAGCUGUAAGUCCAGGUUUAGUGUAUGAAGCCCUUAAGGCUGACUACAUAAACAUGAUGUGCAGCAUGGGCUAUGAUACAAAGACAGUGAGACUCGUCUCAGGAGACAACAGCAGUUGUCCUAAAGACACUAAAGGUUCCCCAAAAGAUCUUAAUUAUCCUUCGAUGGCAGUUAAAGUUGAAGAAACAAAAUCCUUCAAAGUUGAAUUUCCAAGGACAGUAACAAAUUUUGGGAGUGCAAAUUCUACAUAUAAAGCUACAGUCAUCAACACAAAUUCCCAUAUCAAGGUUCAAGUGAAUCCUGACAUCCUAUCUUUCAAGUUAGAAAAAGAGAAGAAAUCUUUUGUUGUGACUGUUGUUGGACAAGGACUCGACUCAUUUGAGGCACCAAUAGCAGCUGCAUCACUGGUGUGGUCUGAUGGCACUCACAGUGUGAGAAGUCCCAUCGUAGCCUACAUUGAUAGGAAUAUUGGUUAAUCAAAUCCUAAUUGCAA